GAGGAGACGGGAUUACAGCAGCGCCUCAUCAAUAAACCAUCAUAACAGCAGAAAAUGGGGAAUUCCGACUCGAAACUCAAUUUCAGGAAGGCGGUGAUACAGCUGACCACGAAGACGCAGCCUGUUGAGGCCACAGAUGAUGCGUUCUGGGAUCAGUUCUGGGCAGAUACUGCGACCACCGUGCAGGAUGUGUUUGCUCUUGUACCCGCAGCCGAAAUCAGAGCCGUCCGAGAGGAAUCACCCUCCAAUUUGGCAACUCUGUGCUACAAGGCAGUGGAGAAGCUGGUCCAGGGAGCCGAGUCCGGCUGCUCCUCAGAGAAGGACAAACAGAUGGUGCUGAACUGUACCCGAAUGCUCACCCGAAUCCUGCCCUACAUUUUUGAGGACCAGGACUGGAGAGGUUUCUUUUGGUCCACCAUUCCUGGCACCGGCAGAGCAGGGAUGGAUGAAAUGGAGGAUGAUGAUGAAGGUGCGCGUCCGCUGGCCGAGUCUCUCCUGCUGGCUCUGGCUGACCUGCUCUUCUGUCCAGACUUCACUGUUCACAGCCACAAGAGAGGAAGACCCGACUCGGUUGAAGACAUGCAGUCUCUGGAUAGCUGUGAGUACAUCUGGGAGGCCGGUGUGGGUUUUGCUCAGUCUCCACCGCUCAACUACAUCCAUGACCUCAACCGGUCUGAGCUGUUGAGGCUGCUGCUCACCUGUUUCUCAGAAGCCAUGUACCUGCCGCCGACAUCAGACAACACUAUCCUCAACCCCUGGGUCACUUUCUUCUGCUCCACUGAAAACAGACAUGCUCUUCCGCUCUUCACCUCUCUGCUGAACGUGGUGUGUGCAUAUGACCCGGUGGGCUACGGGAUCCCCUACAACCACCUGCUCUUCUCAGACUACCGCGAGCAGCUGGUGGAGCAGGCCGUGCAGAUCCUCAUCGUGACCCUGGAGCACGAAGGCGGACAGCCGUACCGUCCUCCCUCUCCAUCCAGCAUGGAGGACCAGGAUUCUGUAGGUCCAAAUAACCUGUUCGUGAAUUACCUGUCCAGAAUUCACAGGGAGGAGGAUUACGACUUUGUGCUGAAGGGUUUAGCGCGUCUGCUGACCAACCCUCUCACUCAAACAUACCUGCCCAACUCCACCAAAAAGAUCCAGUUUCACCAGGAACUGCUCGUGCUUUUCUGGAAGCUCUGUGACUUCAACAAAAAAUUCCUCUUCUUUGUGCUGAAGAGCAGUGAUGUGUUGGACAUUUUAGUGCCUAUUCUCUAUUAUCUGAAUGAUGCACGGGCUGACCAAUCGCGGGUCGGCCUCAUGCACAUCGGCGUCUUCAUUCUGCUUUUGCUGAGCGGAGAGAGGAACUUCGGUGUGCGUCUGAACAAGCCCUACUCGCUUCACGUGCCGAUGGACAUCCCUGUGUUCACGGGCACACACGCAGACCUGCUCAUCGUGGUUUUCCACAAGAUAAUAACCAGCGGCCAUCAGCGUUUACAGCCUCUCUAUGACUGCCUGCUUACUAUUGUGGUGAAUGUGUCUCCUUACCUGAAGAGUCUGUCCAUGGUUGCUGCCAACAAGCUCCUGCAUCUCCUGGAGGCUUUCUCCACCAACUGGUUCCUGUUUUCGGCACCUCAGAACCACCAUCUGGUCUUCUUCUUGCUGGAGGCCUUCAAUAACAUCAUCCAGUACCAGUUUGAUGGUAACUGCAAUUUGGUCUACGCUAUCAUCCGGAAGCGUAACGUCUUCCAUCAGCUGGCGAACCUGCCGUCAGACCCCGCCACCAUUCAGAAGGCCCUCCAGAGGAAGAGGAAAUCUCCAGACGCCAUCUCUCGCACCAGCUCACAGGAGACCGUGUCCAUGGAGGGUUCCCGACCCGCUGUACCCGCUGAACCCGGCACACUGAAGGCCAGUCUGGUGGCCAUGCCUGGCAUCGAUAAGCUGACAGAGAAGUCGCAGGUUUCUGAAGAUGGCACUAUGGUGGCAGUGGCUGAAUCUCCACAGAGCCCUGAACACGGCAGUGCUGAAGCUGGAGCCAGCGACACAGAGUCCAUCUCCGGAAGAGACAGUGAGGAUGUGUUCUACACUGAGGCAGAGAUGGAGAGGAGGAGACGUCUGUCCAGCUCCUCAUCUUCUGUCUGCCACUGGAACCCUAAACCAGACUGGGUGCUGUCCUGGAAGAGCAAACUCCCUCUGCAGACCAUCAUGCGUCUGCUGCAGGUUCUGGUGCCACAAGUGGAGAAGAUCUGCAUUGAUAAGGGACUGACCGAUGAAUCGGAGAUCCUGAAGUUCCUCCAGCAUGGCACUCUGGUGGGUCUGUUGCCUGUUCCUCACCCCAUCCUCAUCAGGAAAUACCAGGCCAACGCUGGCACCGCCAUGUGGUUUCGCACAUACAUGUGGGGAGUCAUUUACCUGCGGAAUGUAGAUCCGCCGAUCUGGUACGACACUGACGUGCGUCUCUUCGAGAUCCAGAGGAUGUAGAGCCGCACCGUCUCCCCCAAUCUCGCCUUGUGAUUUUUUUGGCUUUAACCCGCUCCGCUUCCCCAGAGAAGAGGUGACUGUGAGCCCCCCUCGAGAAGUGCCCUGUCCAAACGUCUGUUUGCUUCUGCUGUACUCCAGAUAAAGCGGCUAAAUAUAAACCUCACGCUGAUAAGAGAAAAUCAUACUGUGUUCAGCAGCCCAGACACAUCCAACUCUCUCACUGUGGUUUUUAUAGGUGCUUAUUACGAGAAGGAAACCUAUUUAUAGUUACCAAAACCUUGUGAAUAGUUUGUAGGAAGUUGUAAGACGACCUCUAGAUUGUACUGAUGCCACCACAAGAGGGCGAUACACUAAACCCAGUUUGUUUAUCAUGAGAAUACGUGCAUUUUCUGUAGUUUAUGUCAGGGAUGAAGGGAAAAUAGUAGAGCAAUGAGAAGAAAAUAUAAAAAUGUGGUUAACUCCACCAGUGUUCAUAUAGAUUGUGAAACUGUACAAAAAAAAAAAAAGAGUAUUACAUAUUUGACAGUAUAUUAAUAUCUCUAUUUUUGUCUGCAUAUCGGUUUUGCUAAUGAGAUUAUGUAAAUAUGGCUUGAUGUUUA